ACAGUACUUCAAUUACCACAACCAACCCUUUUAAAGAUACUUACCAUGAACUCCUGGGAUCAGAAGAAGUUUUCACUCAAACCGAGAGCUCGCGGCUGCUACCUUGUUACGGACGAGGUCCUCUCCAACGUGCCUGAGAUAUGCACCUAUACUAUCGGCCAGUUGACCUUGUUCCUCCAGCACACGUCCGCCGGAUUGACCCUUAAUGAGAACUGGGACCGCGAUGUCCGCAAAGACAUGUCUUCCUCAUUAGAUCGAGUUGUGCCUGAGGGCGAUUUUUACGUACAUUCCGACGAGGGCCCUGAUGACAUGCCUGGCCAUGUUAAGAGUACUAUCGUCGGCGUGACCUUGACUAUUCCUAUUUCCAACGGGAAAUUGUGUCUCGGAACCUGGCAGGGCAUCUGGUUGUGUGAGUUCCGUGACUAUGAGCACACUCGGUGGUGCGUAGCCACUGUCAAUGGGUUGAAGGAGGCACCAUAGACGU